GCGGAGCUCUCCAUUUUUCUCCCUGCCAGACACAAACCAGACAAACUCAGACACAGAGGGACAACAUGGACCCAAACACGACGAUCCUGCGAGUCAAGAGGAAAAGGGGGACCGACCCCGCGGAUGCGUUGUUGCUUGCCUGCAAACGUAUCCGACCGGAGACGUCCCAGAGCUCAGGCGACACGGUCCCGGAGCCGAAUGAAGCCGAGGUGGAAAACUCUGUCUUCAAACUCGUGGCGACCGUAGCGACACAGGAUGCUCCUGUUCAGACGCAGGUGCGACAGGCUUUGGCCCGGCCUCGUGUGGCCCACGCACUGCGCCCCUCUGCUGCCAGUUCACAACGGAUAAACGGGGACCUGCGGAGCACGAAGUGGAGCACCCGAAGGGAGGAACGCUACAGAAUACUCGCCAGCCACCGCGCAGGUCUGUCGAGCCAAGCGGAGCAGCAGACUCCCCAGAUAGAAGCCUCUGAGGGAGCAGAGGAGACUGUGAAGGAGCAGGACAAAUGUUUGGGUCUUGGUGCGAUCCAGGUGGUGGAUCUGGUGCAUGAGGAUGUAGAGGACCAGGGUAAAUCUGGCAAGACGCUGUCCUCAGACCCAGAGGUGAUCCUGUGUAACAGCACCAAGAUGCUGCGCGAGCGGCUGAGCAUAUCUGGAGAGAGAGUCGGGGACGAGCACCGGGAGCAGGAUGAGGACUACGUCUAUGAUCUUUACUACCAAGAAACGGUCACACCAGGGUGGAUCCAGGACAUCCUUUCUGUCAGGGCCUACGCCGACGAGGGAGAACUGGUUCCUGACCUUGUGGUUCAUGAAGAAGAGGUGUAUGAAGAUGAGGAUGAUGAAAACGAGGAAGGCAACUGGAGGAAUGACUACCCAGAUGAGGAGAGUGAUGCAGACAGUGACCGAGAGGAGCGAUAUGGUGGUUACUGGGAGGAGGAGCACUCCUACAGCCGGAGGAGCUGGGGGCAAUACCAGAGGGAAGUGCUGCAUGAGCAGGGCGGCCGUGGUGAAGAUGAAGAUGAGGAUGAGGAUGGAGACAAAUAUAAUUCCGAUUGAUCUGUUAACCCUCGCUUGACGGUGGAUAUUCUCCAUGUCCUCUCCAUGAAAAACGCCACACUCUAUUGACCUCUGUGUAGCUGAGAUUGGAGGGAAACUACAAAAUAGAAACCUGAGAAAUGUACUUCAAGAAAUCCCAUCUUAAAGUGUAGCAAUUAAGGUGUAGCACUCAUCAGAUUUAAUUUGAAAAUUAAGUUAAAUUGAAUGAAAAUAUCCUGUUCUUAUUGUAAUACCUGUAACACCAUUCUGUAUGUCUAAAAGAAGUUGAAUUUUAUGUACAAAAGUAUUAAAAAUGUCACGAGUCACAAAGCUUUUCAACCACUAGUGGUUCAGAACAUUGCAUACAUACCAAAUAUCAGUUAACAUUUUUAAGGUGAAACCCAUCUUUAUCUCUGCUACACAGAUGGUAAAGGAGUGUGUGUUAUUUCCAGAGUGUCUUUUUCUUUUUACUGUGGUGGAGUGAAUUUGUGUGUGGGUGUUUGUUCAAUGUGGAUGUGUGUUAAAAAAUGUUGCACAUUAGUGUGAUAUGCCUCGUAUGCUUUGUGCUGUUAACACUUCUGUUAGUGAGACGUCUUGGGCUGCGCGUGGUUGCAAUUUAGAGUGCAUUUUGUGCAUGGUAGAGUGUGUAGGUAUAAUUGUGUGUUAGAUUUUUUGCAUAAUGUGAAAGCGUGACGCAUAUGUUCUGUUGUGGAUGUGAGAGUUUGGUUCAGAAAUUUCCCUUUGAAGUUCAGAUUGUUUCUCAUGAAUGCCUGUUGAAUUUUGUAAAUAUGUAGAUGUGUAUAAAAAAAACCCUUUCAAAAUAAACUUUAAACAUC